AUGAAUUCUUCUGCAGAUUUAUAUUUAAAAUGUGAAGUUGAAGUUUUUAAAGGACUAAAUAAAACUCGCGGACUGUUUUUGCGCUAUCGUGAGCUUCAGAACGAUACCAGUGAUCCAACAGAUCUUGAAUAUACAACAACAGAAUUAAGGAACUCAUUAAGAUCCAUUGAAUGGGAUUUAGAGGACUUGGAAGAUACAAUUGCUAUUGCUGAAAAGAAUCCCAAACAAAAAGUCGACUUACAGGAACUUAAUCAGCGACGGCACUUUAUAAAUGCUACAAAAAAUGAAAUUAAGUCUAUGAAAGAUAAAAUAAGCAUCUUAAAGAAUCGUGAUAAGGAUAUAACAGCGAUACAACCAUUACUUGACGAUCCAUCGCCAAUAAAUACAGCCACAGCUAAUAAUACAAAUAUUAUUAAUAAUAAUUUAAAUAACUCAAUUGGAAAUAAUUUAAUGAGUACUAUGGCAGCUGCACGACAUCACGGUACAAAAUACAAAAAGCUCGAAAAUUUAAAUGACAGUCCUAAUCAUCAUGGAAAUUUCAAUGGCGACAGCCCAUUCCUUGGUGAAACUGUUUCGAUUCAACAACGAAUGCUGCAAUCACAAGAUGAACAGCUUGAUGUCUUAAGUGACUCGAUAGGAACACUCAAAACCGUCAGUCGACAAAUUGGAGUUGAGAUUGACGAACAAGCUGUUAUGCUCGACGAAUUCGGAAAUGAACUGGACGCAACAGACUCAAAACUUGAUGCAACAAUGAAGAAAGUUGGUAAAGUGCUACAUUUAUCAAACAACGAUAGGCGUCAAUGGAUGGCAAUUUUAUUUCUCAGCGUCUUGUUAAUAGUUGUAUUAAUUCUCUUCAUUAUUCUUUAAAUUAGCUGACAAGAUAAUUAACGAUAUUUUGAUCUCAAAUAAUUGAAAAAAAAAAUGGACAUGAGAAGCGAAAUGUUUUGAUGUGCUGCCUGUAUGUAAGGCAAGACUUGUGUAUUUAUUAAUUAAAAAUGGGGAAAGUGAAGACAAGUAUGAUUGUGAAAGUUCAGAUUGGCUCU